AUGAGUAGCGACGCCGAGAUGGAAGUGUACGGCUUGGCCGCCCCCUUCCUCCGCAAGUCGGAGAAGGAGAGGAUCGAGGCCCAGAACCAGCCGUUCGACGCCAAGACCUACUGCUUCGUGGCCGAGCCCAAGGAAGAGUACGCCAAGGGCCGGAUCAAAAGCUCCCAGGACGGGAAGGUGAUCGUGGAGACCGAGGAUAACCGGACGCUGACCGUCAAGCCCGAGGAUGUGUACGCCAUGAACCCGCCCAAGUUCGACAAGAUCGAAGACAUGGCCAUGCUCACCCACCUGCACGAGCCCGCCGUGCUCUACAACCUCAAGGAACGCUACAGCUCCUGGAUGAUCUACACGUACUCGGGCCUCUUCUGCGUCACCGUCAACCCCUACAAGUGGCUACCGGUGUACAACCCCGAGGUGGUCAACGGUUACCGGGGCAAGAAGCGACAGGAGGCCCCUCCCCACAUCUUCUCCAUCUCCGACAACGCCUACCAGUUCAUGCUCACCGAUCGUGAGAACCAGUCCAUUCUCAUCACCGGAGAAUCCGGGGCCGGGAAGACGGUUAACACCAAGCGGGUCAUCCAGUACUUCGCGACAAUUGCGGCCACGGGGGACAUCGCUAAGAAGAAGGAUUCGAAGAUGAAGGGCACCCUGGAGGACCAGAUCAUCAGCGCCAACCCGCUGCUGGAGGCCUUUGGCAACGCCAAGACCGUGAGGAACGACAACUCUUCCCGCUUCGGCAAGUUCAUUCGGAUUCACUUUGGAACCACUGGGAAGCUGGCCUCGGCGGACAUCGAAACGUAUCUGCUGGAGAAGUCCAGGGUCACCUUCCAGCUCAAGGCUGAAAGGAGCUAUCACAUCUUCUACCAGAUCCUUUCCAACAAGAAGCCCGAGCUGAUUGAACUGCUCCUGAUCACCACCAACCCCUACGAUUACCCAUUCAUCAGCCAGGGAGAGAUCCUGGUGGCCAGCAUCGAUGACACGGAGGAACUGUUGGCCACGGACAGCGCCAUCGACAUCCUGGGCUUCACCCCCGAUGAGAAGUCGGGGAUCUACAAGCUGACCGGAGCCGUGCUGCAUUACGGAAACAUGAAGUUCAAGCAGAAGCAGAGGGAGGAGCAGGCCGAGCCAGACGGCACCGAAGUGGCCGAUAAGACGGCCUACCUGAUGGGGCUCAACUCCUCUGACCUGCUCAAGGCGCUGUGCUUCCCCAGGGUGAAAGUCGGCAACGAGUACGUCACCAAGGGCCAGACCGUGGACCAGGUGCACCACGCCGUGAACGCGCUCUCCAAAUCCGUGUACGAGAAACUCUUCCUGUGGAUGGUCGCGCGCAUCAACCAGCAGCUGGACACCAAACUGCCGCGCCAACAUUUCAUCGGUGUCCUGGACAUCGCCGGCUUUGAGAUCUUCGAGUAUAACAGCCUGGAGCAGCUGUGCAUCAACUUCACCAACGAGAAGCUGCAGCAGUUCUUCAACCACCACAUGUUCGUGCUGGAGCAGGAGGAGUACAAGAAGGAGGGCAUCGAGUGGGAGUUCAUCGACUUCGGCAUGGACCUGGCCGCAUGCAUCGAGCUCAUCGAGAAGCCGAUGGGCAUCUUCUCCAUCCUGGAGGAGGAGUGCAUGUUCCCCAAGGCCACGGACACCUCCUUCAAGAACAAGCUCUACGACCAGCACAUCGGCAAGUCCGCCAACUUCCAGAAGCCCAAGCAGGUCAAGGGCAGGGCCGAGGCCCACUUCGCCCUGAUCCACUACGCCGGCACCGUGGACUACAGCGUCACCGGUUGGCUGGAGAAGAACAAGGACCCCCUGAACGAGACCGUGGUGGGCCUGUACCAGAAGUCUUCCAACAAGCUCUUGGCUCAUCUUUACGCCACCUUCGCCUCCACGGACGCCGACGCUGGGGCCAAGAAGAAGGUGGCCAAGAAGAAGGGGUCUUCCUUCCAGACGGUCUCGGCCCUCUUCCGGGAAAAUCUGAACAAGCUGAUGUCCAAUUUGAGAACGACUCACCCCCACUUCGUACGCUGCAUCAUCCCCAACGAAACCAAAACGCCAGGGGCCAUGGAACAUGCUCUUGUCCUGCACCAGCUGCGGUGUAACGGGGUGCUCGAAGGCAUCCGCAUCUGCCGGAAGGGGUUCCCCAACCGCAUCCUCUAUGGAGACUUUAAACAACGGUACCGGGUUCUGAAUGCGAGCGCCAUCCCGGAGGGGCAGUUCAUCGACAGCAAGAAGGCCUGCGAGAAGCUGCUGGCGUCCAUCGACAUCGACCAAACACAAUACAAGUUCGGCCACACCAAGGUGUUCUUCAAGGCCGGCUUGCUGGGCACCCUGGAGGAGAUGCGGGACGAUCGGCUGGCCAAGCUCAUCACUCGCACUCAGGCCGUGUGCCGGGGCUUCCUCAUGAGAGUGGAGUUCCAGAAAAUGGUGCAGAGAAGGGAGUCCAUCUACUGCAUCCAGUACAACAUCCGCGCCUUCAUGAACGUCAAGCACUGGCCCUGGAUGAAGCUCUUCUUCAAGAUCAAGCCGCUGCUGAAGAGCGCGGAGAGGGAGAAGGAGAUGGCCACCAUGAAGGAGGAGUUCGCCAAGACCAAAGAGGAGCUCGCCAAGUCGGAGGCCAAAAGGAAGGAGCUGGAGGAGAAGAUGGUGGCCCUGAUCCAGGAGAAGAACGACCUUCAGCUCCAAGUCCAGUCGGAAAGCGAGAACCUGUUGGAUGCGGAGGAGAGGUGCGACCAGCUGAUCAAGACGAAAAUCCAGCUGGAGGCCAAAGUCAAAGAGGUGACGGAGAGGGCGGAGGACGAGGAGGAGAUCAACGCCGAGCUGACGGCCAAGAAGAGGAAGCUGGAGGACGAGUGCUCCGAGCUGAAGAAGGACAUCGACGACCUGGAGCUGACGCUGGCCAAGGUGGAGAAGGAGAAGCACGCCACCGAGAACAAGGUGAAGAAUCUGACCGAGGAGCUGGCCGGCCUGGACGAGACCAUCGCAAAAUUAACCAAGGAGAAGAAAGCCCUGCAGGAGGCUCAUCAGCAGACCUUAGAUGACCUCCAGGCAGAGGAAGACAAAGUCAACUCUCUGACCAAAGUCAAGAGCAAACUGGAACAGCAAGUGGAUGAUCUGGAGAGCUCCCUGGAACAGGAAAAGAAAUUCCGGGUGGAUCUCGAACGUUGUAAGCGCAAGCUGGAAGGAGACUUGAAACUUGCCCAGGAGUCCCUCCUGGACCUGGAAAACGACAAGCAGCAGCUGGAGGAACGGUUGAAGAAGAAGGACUUCGAGUACUGUCAGCUGCAGAGCAAGGUGGAGGAUGAGCAGAAUCUGGGGCUGCAGCUUCAAAAGAAAAUUAAAGAGCUGCAGGCCCGGAUCGAGGAGCUGGAGGAAGAGAUAGAGGCGGAGAGGGCAACGCGGGCCAAGACGGAGAAGCAGCGGAGCGACUAUGCCCGGGAGCUGGAGGAGCUGAGCGAGCGGCUGGAGGAGGCCGGCGGGGCCACCUCCACCCAGAUCGAGAUGAACAAGAAACGUGAGGCCGAGUUCCAGAAGCUGCGGCGGGACCUGGAGGAGGCCACCCUGCAGCACGAGGCCACGGCGGCCGCCCUGCGCAAGAAGCACGCCGACAGCGUGGCCGAGCUCGGGGAGCAGAUCGACAGCCUGCAGCGCAUCAAGCAGAAGCUGGAGAAGGAGAAGAGCGAGCUGAAGAUGGAGAUCGACGACCUGGCCAGCAACCUCGAAUGCGUCACCAAGUCCAAGGCCAACCUAGAAAAGUUAUGCCGAACUCUGGAGGACCAAGUAAGCGAGGCUAAGAGCAAGGCAGAAGAGACACAGAGGAGCCUGAAUGAACUGACCACGCAGAAGGCCCGGCUGCAGACUGAGGCGGGCGAGCUAAGUCGUCAGUUGGAAGAGAAGGAGAGUAUCGUCUCCCAGCUUUCCAGGAGCAAGCAAGCGUUCACCCAGCAACUGGAAGAACUCAAGAGGCAGUUGGAGGAAGAGAGCAAGGCCAAGAACGCCCUGGCCCACGCCCUCCAGUCCUCCCGCCACGACUGCGACCUGCUGCGGGAGCAGUACGAGGAGGAGCAGGAAGCCAAGGCCGAGCUGCAGAGGGCCUUGUCUAAGGCCAACAGCGAGGUCGCCCAGUGGAGGACCAAAUACGAGACCGAUGCCAUCCAGCGCACGGAAGAGCUGGAGGAAGCCAAGAAAAAACUGGCCCAGCGCCUUCAGGACGCCGAGGAGCAGGUGGAGGCCGUGAACGCCAAGUGCGCGUCAUUAGAAAAGACCAAGCAGAGGCUGCAAGGGGAGGUGGAGGACCUGAUGAUCGACGUCGAGAGGGCCAACUCGCUGGCCGCGGCGCUCGACAAGAAGCAGAGGAAUUUCGAUAAGGUCCUGGCCGAAUGGAAGACCAAGUGCGAAGAGAGCCAAGCGGAGCUGGAGGCAUCGCUGAAGGAGUCCCGCACGCUGAGCACGGAGCUAUUCAAGCUCAAAAAUGCCUACGAGGAGUCCUUGGACCAACUGGAGACCGUGAAGCGGGAGAACAAGAACCUGGAGCAGGAGAUCGCCGACCUCACGGAGCAGCUUGCUGAGAACGGCAAGACCAUCCAUGAGCUGGAGAAGUCCAGGAAGCAGACUGAAUUGGAGAAGUCUGAAAUCCAGCUGGCUCUCGAGGAAGCAGAGGCGGCCCUGGAGCACGAGGAGGCCAAAAUCCUCCGAGUCCAACUGGAACUGAACCAGGUGAAGUCCGACAUCGAUCGGAAGAUCGCCGAGAAGGACGAGGAGAUCGAGCAGCUGAAACGCAACUACCAGCGGACGGUGGAGACCAUGCAGAGCGCUCUGGACGCCGAGAUCCGCAGCCGGAACGAGGCCAUCCGCAUCAAGAAGAAGAUGGAGGGCGACCUGAACGAGAUCGAGGUCCAGCUGAGCCACGCCAACCGCCAGGCCGCCGAGGCCGUCAAACACUUCCGCAACGUCCAGGGGCAACUCAAGGACACGCAGCUGCACCUGGACGAUGCCCUCCGCGGACAGGAAGACCUGAAGGAGCAGCUGGCCAUGGUGGAGCGCCGGGCCAACCUGCUGCAGGCCGAGGUGGAGGAGCUCCGCGCGGCCCUGGAGCAGACCGAGAGGAGCCGCAAGAUCGCCGAGCAGGAGCUGCUGGACGCCAGCGAGCGCGUCCAGCUGCUGCACACCCAGAACACCAGCCUCAUCCACACCAAGAAGAAGCUGGAGACCGACCUGACCCAGCUCCAGAGCGAAGUGGAGGAUGCCUGCCGCGAGGCCAGGAACGCCGAAGAGAAAGCCAAGAAGGCCAUCACCGACGCCGCCAUGAUGGCCGAGGAGCUGAAGAAGGAGCAGGACACCAGUGCCCACCUGGAGAGGAUGAAGAAGAACAUGGAGCAGACGGUGAAGGACCUCCAACAUCGCCUGGACGAGGCCGAGCAGCUGGCCCUCAAGGGGGGCAAGAAGCAGAUCCAGAAACUGGAGGCUCGGAUCCGAGAGUUGGAAGCCGAACUGGAAGGGGAGCAGAAGCGAAACACGGAGAACGUCAAGGGUCUCCGGAAAUACGAGCGCAGGGUUAAGGAAUUGACAUACCAGGGCGAGGAGGAUCGGAAAAACGUCCUCCGGCUCCAGGACCUGGUGGACAAACUUCAAGUGAAGGUGAAAUCCUACAAGCGACAAGCUGAGGAAGCGGACGAACAGGCCAACGUCCACCUCACCAAAUUCCGGAAAGCGCAGCACGAGCUGGAGGAGGCCGAGGAGCGGGCAGACAUCGCCGAGUCACAAGUUAACAAGCUCCGGGCCAAAACCCGGGACUUCACCUCCACCCGGGUCGUGCACGAAACCCAAGAGUGAUGGAUCGCCUCCUGAGGAGGAACAGAAAAUAGACACAAUGUGUAUUUUCCUGGCCCC